GGAGAACAGACUAAAUGGUCAUUUCAUCCCAGCUAUGAAUCCUUCAUAUUGAUUAGUCAGGCUUCCCUAAUAGUGAUUUGCCAUCCAACCACAGCUUUCCUUUCAUACUACAAAUCCUACAUUUUGAUUGGCCAUUGCUUCCCUGAUAAGUGAUUGGCCAUCCAACCACAGCUUCCCUUUUAUAUGCUUUGGUAAAACCAGGCAUCAGGAAAAGUAAGGUGUCCAGCAAAUAUACUAACAUUAGAAACUGUUCCCCUAUGAAACAGUUGAUGCUUAUUCUGGAACUGUUACAGUAAGAAUAUCAAGAAAUUAAAACCCAAAAUGAGGGCUCAAUAGAUCUGAAAAUAAGUGACAAAUGUGAUGGAAGGAGGACAAGAAUCAUGGUCCAGAGACCAGCCCUAUCUUCAUGGCAAAGACUCUCACUCACAAAAUAAGACACAGUCAGAACAUACCAGGUGUUAUGAAAAUGUGACUGUAUUAGAGAAAACCUAUUGUACUAAAAAUAAGACUUUACUGGGACAGGUGAAAUGUACUCCAGCAAAGCAAAUGAAAUGUUCCAGAAAGGUCACUCAUGCCUUGAAGUUGAUGCCAGCCAAGCUUAUUGAGAAAAAGUGUAGAAAUCAAACUGUAACACCAACAAGGCAAGUUAAAUGUUCAGAAAUUAUCAAUCGAGCAUUGCAAGCAAAAUGUACCAGAGAUGAAAUAUUAAGGAAAUUGUCAGUCAAGUGUAACGGGACUGUGAAACCGAUGCAGAAAGUGGAAUGUACUACACCAGCAACAAGCAAAGUCAACAGUAGCAGAACUGUUACUCUAAUGAGGCGAGUCCCAGGAACUCAAGCUGUGACUAAAACUAGCGAAGUCAAAGAUUCCAAAAGUAAGGCUAAAGUUUUUCUGGUUCCUCAAACUCAAAUAAUGACUAAAAUUAGCAAAGUCAAUGAUUCUGAAAAUAAGGCUAAAGUUUGUCUGGUUGCUGGAACUCAAGCUGUGACUCAAACUGGAAAAGUCAAUGGCACCAAAAGUAAGACUGAAAAAAGUCAGGUCUCUGAAACUAAAAAUGUGACUAAAAUUGGUGAAGUCAGUGAUACACAAAACAAGACUAGAGUAAACAUGGUCCCUGGAGCUCAAACUGGGGAAAUUCCUGGUACCAAAAAUGUGACUAAUUUUAAAGUUAUGCUUGUCCCUGUCAUUCCUCAAAGUGUGACUAAAGCUGGUAAAGUCAAUGCAACUGAAAAUGCAUGUAAAGCUGGCUUGGCUCCAAAAACUCAAACUGAUUAUAAAACUGACAAAGUUGAAUGUACUGAAGAUAAGAUUAAAGUUAGCCCUGUCAGUGGUACUCAAGAGUUUACAAAAGCUAGUCAAAUCAAUGUUUCUCCGAUUGAAAAUAAUUUUAAGAAAGUCAAUGAUUCUCAAAAUGUUACUCGAUUGGAACAAGCAACGCUAGUGCAUCCCCACAGUUAUGUCAAAGCUGAUAACAGUACAGCACCAGUUUCAAGGACAAUCACUGGUAUACCAGAAAACCUGUUGGAACAAGUUACUCCGAGUGUAGCGAGGACAAUCAGGCUAGCAUCCCAAUCCAUCAAAAUUCCAUCAAAGAGUCGAAUGAUAUUGCUAAAUUCUCCUGUCCAGUUGAACACAGAUGCUUUGGUGAAGGCUAGUCUGAAUGCAGUAAAGCUAUCAGAAGGGGCUCAAAGAUUAACCGGACAUCAGGAGGCCCCAGUGUAUAAUGUUAAUAUCCAGGAACCAAAACAUGCUGUAGAGAAAACUAAAGAUAAUGUCAUGGACAAGACAAACGCCGAAGUACUAAAACUGAAGGAGCAUACAUCUACUGUAGGACUUUCAGAAAAAAAUGCCCACCACAGUGAUUUGUUGCCUUCUAAGUCAUUGAACUCGACACUUCUUGAUUCAUCAUCAAAAUUACAGGUCUCUGGUGUGUCGCCAUCAAUCCUACAAGUAGACUCAGGAUCAUCGUACAGCUCAUCACCAUCAAAACAUCCAACCUCUUCCUCUACUCAUUUACACUAUUUAGGCCAGACGCCAUCCAAUUUUCAUGAAAAGAUCCUAUCACCAUUUGACUCGUCACUGUCCAAGACAUAUACACAGGCAAUCCCACAAUUUGACUCAAAGUCAGCAAAGCCACAAAAUUCUGACUUGUCACAAUCUAAGUGUCAUGAAAUUAGCUUAUUAAAAUCAGAGUCACCAUGCAUUAGUUCAGUUUCAACACUUACACCACAGACGGUAGAAUCAAAUCCUUGUAAUACACUGUGCGAAAAAUCUACGUAUUCAUCAAAUCUUAAUGAAUCUAAGCCUCUGACAGGUGUAGUUUCAAGAAUCUUGCCAAAAUCAGCGUUUACCUCAAUGAACUCUUCAAUCACAGCAAUUGCAAGUGAUAUCACAAACAACCCAUCGGAAAAAGAUAGAAGCAUGUGCACAAGUGACAGCUUGGAAACUCAAAAGAAUGGGAGUCGGCAUGGAAAACAUAUGGUCACAAGGAGUCAGGCAAAAGAUAUUGAAUCUAUGCACUCUAAAGAGUGUCCAAGUAAGAGGACAAGGAAUGGUUUGAACAAAGACAGGAGUUCAAAUUCAAGGACUCCAGGGAAGCAGGAAAAAACUAGUAUUAGUGUUGCAGAAAAUCAUAUAUCAGAUUUGCCAGCCAGCAGACCAACAGAAUCAGGAAAGGAUUCUAGCAUCCAGCUAAAACCAAAAGUAUGUAAUGGAAAUCAUAUUGAUGAGAAAACAACUCCUGUGUCAAAUAUUUCUGAACCAAUUUCUUCGGUAUGUGAAGUGAAUGGAAAGACUGAGUUGAAGCUUUCAAAUGUUGGAGAAAACAAUACAGUUAUUCUGAGGAAAACUUCUUUCAGCAAACGCAUUGAAAAUUUAAAGAACCACAUUCCACGGCAAUGUGAAUGUCAUUCAGAAAAUCAGAGGCAUGUAAUGGCUGACCAGGUUUUUAUGAAGGAAGGGAGGGGCCUGGAAGUGGUGCACUUUCCAAACAUUCGGAUGUUGCUGAUUCAGGAUAAGGAGAUGAUUGGUAUAAUACAACAGGGUUUGUUGUAUAUUAGUGUUGCUGAAAUCCAGCAAAAACUCCUCAGAACCAUAGGUAUAAAAUGUCUCAAAGAAUUUCUGAAAGAACAUGAUUCUGAACAACGAUAUCUAGCAAAGGAAUUACGGCUUUUUCUGAAUGACACAACCUUCCUUCUACAAACAGAAUUCAUGAUAAGUGUUCACUAUCUGAAGAAAUUUCUGAAUAAAAUGUGUCAGUGUGGAGUUCCCGGUGUACAUCAUUCCAAUUUCUGGUCAGAGGCUCUACAUGAUGAAAAUUUCUCAAGUGAGAAUUUCUAUGUCAAGAUAAGUGGUCACAUGUGGUGUAUGUCGUGUCAGGGUCAUGUGAUACAGGAGAGAACUAUUAAUGUAUACACUGACAUUGAGUUAGUUAGUGUUAAAAAAGAUCAGGAAUGCGAGUCUGAACCAUUAUCAGAGUUCUUGAAGGACAAAGAACAUAGUGCCAGCUCCAAAACAACUCGUAAGGAAGGUAAAGAAACCAUAAAAGUUGGAUAUGUUAGAAUUAGUCACUCAGCCUUUACAGCUUACAAAGUAAAUGAUGUUUGUUUUGUAAGUCUUCUGCAGUUACAAUUGAAACGUGUGAUUUCAAUACACUGUAUUGAAUACAAGUUGCAACGUCUCAAUUCUUUUCCUCAGAAGCCGCCAGCAGUUGUAGAGAAACAUUUCAAACGUAACAAAAGCCUCUUUGAAAACACAGAGUGGAUUGAUAUGAACAUAUUACGAUGUGUAUGUUGUAUGGAAAAGUUACCCAAGGAAUAUCUUAAUAAGAAAUUAAUAAAAUGUAUUGUCUCAAACAAUAUACAGGAAAAUUUUACUUGUACACUACAUUCAUUAGAUGACUCCGCAACAGACCCGGCAACAGAUCCAAGUUAUAUCUCUAUAAGGGACAUGGGUUUUGGUUCAAAUGUUGAAGCCAACAUUGUUUCAAGUGAGUAUCCAAUCCAAGACACAGAAGACCAAGACACAAUGGGAAAAGGUAAAGCAGUGAGAGAAAGACUCGUGCUUAUGUUUCUAAAAAGUUUAAACAGUUGUAAUUCGUCUGAAUCAUCUGAGGCAUCUGAUUUGCAGGAAAACAUAGUUUCAGACAAUAUAUUUCUGAAAAGUAGAAGUGAAUCUGAUAUUCAGUGUGACCAAACUUCAGAACAAAGUGAUUUUAACUUGCCACGCUUGGAAAAAUUAAGAACUGCAGAAAAAACAAUACUGGGAAAACGGAAGAGAAAAUUACUUUUACCAAAGACCAAAAAAAAAAGAAAAUACAAAAUGACUUCCAAGACUCAUCACAGCUCAGAAAAAUCAGCUUUGAAACAUCAGAAUCCAUGUGUAGCUAGCUCUAGUUCUUCUGAGCCUGAAGAGGAUUUAGACAUGAAGGGUUUUUCUGUUCAUCAGGUUUCUCCUCCUGAGCUUCAAAGCAGUCAAAUUAUGAUAAAAAAUGAACCCAUGGAACUGGAAGAUGGAUUAUCUGCCCCUGAUAUUCCUAGAGUUGUGAUAGAACGGGAAACUGUUGAACAUGAAUAUCUACAAGAAGCUGCUACCUCUGCUGUAGGAUUGUAUCAGAAUGUUGUUUUCCCUGGAGCUGAGGUAAUGAGAGAAAUGGAAUGCUCCACAACAAUUACUGAUAAUCUGUGUGAAAAACCCAACUGUGAUCAAAAGACACCGGAAUAUGUAAUUCAGUAUAACGAUGGCGAUCUCAGCAAGGAAAUAAAGUCAGAAAUAGACAGGUUUAGAAAAGAUAAGUUCUCAGAUUGUGAAGAUUCUGUGGUUGAUUCUGGUCUGUAUAAACAUGAUUUUGUGACACUUGGCAUCAGCUCUGAAGCAGGAUUCAUCAAAGUUGAACUCCCAGACUAGUGACCCUACCAUUGGCAAUAGCAUCAAUUGUGUUGUGUAGUGACUCCAACACACUUCAAUAUGUCUUACCAUGGGCAAUAGCAUCAAAUGUGUUGUGUAGUGACUCCGACACUUUUUAACGUGUCUUACCACGGGUAAAAGCAUCAAGUACAUUUUGUAGUGACGCUGACACACUUUGGCCUAUCUGAGAAAUCCCUGAAGUUUUUGAGGCUGUAAAACAGUUAGUUGUACUUGGUAUGUGUAUGUAACUGAUGAAUGUAUUUUACUUUUAUUGAUGAAGAAAAUUAAAUUAAGAUUUUACUUACA